GGGUUAUGAAUAUCGAGUGUAUCACAUGCGCAGUCGGUCCGUGGCACGCGGCCGUGCAAUCGAUACCUGCAAACCGUACUCGCCCAUGCACACCACGUUUGUUUCGCACCAUACCUGUCGCAGUGUAAUUAAUUCGAUACUCGCAAUAUUACAUGUCAUUAUCGACUUCGGUGAAAUUCAUUCAACGGCACGGACGUCGGUCAAAUUCAAUUGGAAAAGGCGCCGUCGGAUUUAUCACACGACCGCCACACAAUAUUGCAGGAAACAUGACGGAAGCGGUAAAACAAAUUUGGCAAGAAGCGGAUGCCGUCUGCUUUGACGUGGACUCUACGGUCAUUCAAGAAGAAGCCAUCGACGAACUGGCGAAAUUUUGUAACAAAGGACCGGAAGUCGAAAAAUUGACUAGCAGUGCCAUGUCGGGUGGCAUGGACUUCAGGCAAGCACUGGCCGCGAGGUUGCAAAUCAUUCAGCCGUCGUUGCAGCAGAUUCGGGACUUCAUCAGGGAACACCCGUUCAGUUUGACGGCCGGCAUCAAGACACUCGUCGAGCGAUUGCAACAGAAAAACGUACCCGUCUACUUGGUAUCCGGUGGUUUUCGUGGGUUAAUCGGACCGAUAGCGAUUGAACUGGGCGUUCCGCUCCAGCACAUUUACGCCAACAAAUUGAAGUUUUUCAUGAGCGGCGAAUAUGCCGGAUUCGACGAAAAAGAACCGACCUCGAAGAACGGCGGCAAAGCCGAAGUCAUAACGCUGUUGAAAGAAAAACACGGAUACUCCAAGUUGGUCAUGGUCGGAGACGGUAUAACCGACUUGGAAGCGUGUCCUCCUGCCGACGCAUUUAUAGGAUUUGGUGGUAACAAAGCACGAGAAGAAGUGAAGUCAAAGUCUAAGUGGUUCGUCGAGAGUUUUCAAGAACUCAUCGAUGCCAUGUGAUCUCUACACACAAUUUGCAAACCAAUAUAUAACCACGGUUUAAUAUUCUUAAAGUGAUAUAUUAUUAUGAUUAUUAUUACAAAAGUUAAUCGUUUAAUUUGAAAGAAGAACUAACAAACCUGCUUCUAUAUUUUGAAACAAUGCGACCGAGUGAUGAGUACAUUUCUUCGGUACUACUAUUUAACGCACACUGUUAAGAACUAUUCGUAUAGUUAAUUAUUUUUGUUUUAUUUGUUGUUAUUCUAAUUAUUGUGAUGAAAAGAUAUAUAUAUAAAUACAAUUAUUUGUUGUUUAUAAUAUUAUUUUAUAUAUUUUAUUGGAAAUGUAUUAACAAUAAUUUUAAGGAACAAAAAAACAAACCAAUUUGACCACUUAAUAAAUCUAUAGUAAAAACUAA